UAAUUCCUGUGCUCAAUUUCAUAAUCAUAAACCAAUCAUUGCUAUGGCACUCUAAGAAAAUAUGCUCCUGGACCUGACCCACUCAUACACACUGGAGUAUCCUGUCAACAGGGGGUUUCUUCUCCAAUGCAUCAAUCAGAAAAGUGGUGCAUUGAUGACUUCAACACUUGUGUCGUCGCUGAUCUUUGGUGAGGGUAAACCGUUUGGAUGUAUUUUCAGGUCCCUUAGGGGGCUGCAAGGACUUGUGGGAAGAUGACCUGAUUUCUAAUUUUCUCCUCUCCUGCCUGAGCUGUGGGCUAGGCGCUGUUACAAACAGAGAAGCCAUGAAAGAAGUGUGACAGUAUGAGCCACGCAGAAUCUAUAUGGAAUACGGCCUCGCUAACGGCGUAAAACUGGAUUUUAUUUGUCAAUUUUCAUGGACGCAGACGUGACUGUAACUGUCUUUCAGUAGAUUCAGGUGAAAGCCAUGUCUAACCUGCAGCAGGAAUACCCUGGGGUCCUUCUGGAGAUCCUGGAGGAACUGGCCAAUAUGCGCCAAUGGCUGACCUUCCAGGAUCUUUGUCGCAUGGUCAGCACCCGCUUUGACCUGGAGCCCCUCAUCGAGCUCAGGAGUUUGCUGUUUGCUGCUGCCAGCAAUGACCCCUGUUUCCCAGCUACUCUCUUCAGAGACCGGGUAUCCACCAGAGGCCAAGGGCUGUCACCCAUAGGUGUCGCUGCUGACAUUGUAACUAUCUUCAAUCUCAUUCAGAUGACGGCUGGGGCUCCUGAUGGCAGCCAUCCAAUGAGAGCCCAGAUGGUCCUCCCUGUCGACCAGUCCCCAGGCCCCAGUCUGCCUGGAAUACAUCAGCUGAACAUUUCUGGUCGAGAAAGAGCACGUGCCCACUCUGACUCCGGUGGCAGGCCUAUCGAUCAGCACUUGCUGUUUCCAAGAUCGAAUUACUCUGCCCACAAGCGAGCAAGUCUUCCCCCCGAUCCCAUCUCACUUGUGUCCUCUCCUCCAAUCAGGACGAGGGCUGUGUCUUUUGACUUGCCUCACACCACACUUUUGUACCCAAGUGGUCAAAUCCCAAACGAGGAAAUUAAGAAUAUCUACCUGCCUUUGGAGACAGACAGUGAGUCUAGUGGCGAUUCUGUGCCGAUGGAGGUGUUUGAGGAUGAACAGGGAUCGUCCGUCAACCAGAAGAGAAACAUCUUUAGGAAGGACUUCCAUAACCAGCCGCCUCUAAUACCCCAGGUAACUGUUAACAGUGAGUCUCCCAGUCCCAAACAGGGUAAGAUAGGCUUCGACAAUCACAGUUUUGAAACAAUCCCAAAUCCUUACUCAUCACCAGCAACAGUCAACCAAUCGACAGAGCAGCGGGCUAAACAUGAGAACCUUGAUGACCUACAGGACUCAACAUACUUCGGACCCCGGUCAGUCCCAGAGUGGUCCCCCCGACACCUUCAACCUCCCAGGACCCAGAGGCCCAUCUGGAGCAACAAGAGUCACAGUCUAGAGGACCGGAUAGGCCUGGGCAGCUGUGGAAUGGGGAUGGGAUCGCAAGUGGGGCAACUUCCAAGACGAUCAACUCCUGCAAUCAGCAAUUUGGGGGGGUCUUCAGGAGCGGAGAGUGGGAAUAGUGGAUUGCCAAGUGGAAGUGAUGGAGUCAAGGCUCAAGGAACCCAGACAGACCAACCGGACACCCGCCGCCUCCGUAGCCUGGUCCACGCUGAUCGCCUCUCCUUUAUGACCUCAUUAGACGACCCUGAGUUUGCUGAAGAUGACAUCAGUGCCAUCUUUCGUUUCUUAGAUGACAUAAGCAUGUGCGGUUCCACUGGAGUCUUGCACCCUACCGAUGGAUCAGGGGCCAUUAAUCAGGACACCCCCGAGGCCAGACGUGGCCGCCUAGGUCAACUCCAAAGGCUUUUCCAUUCUCUGGAAAGUAGUGAUGAUGGGCUUAAGGCCGGUGUCUGUAAACUGCUGCUCCGAAUGAGCCAGAUAGAAAGACAACUGGAGUCACUGAAUGAUGUAAAGGCUGAGAUUUCCCAGGUACUGUCUGCACUGCAGCGGUUGGAUGAAAAGAUCCAGCAACCUAUCGGUGGAGAUGGACAAGGCACUGGUGGGCGAUGGCUGGAGCCUCUCAGUGGUGUGUCCUCCUUUAUGAGCCACCCAAUAACUCCUUCUGAGUCAUCUGAGCCUCAGCCUCUGUCUGUGUCUGAGCAUCUUUUUCCAGGGAUCAGCACUAGUAGUCUGGACUGGAACCAGUGGAAUACUCCUGGGGAGAAAGCAGAAAGCAGCAAGAGUCAAGCUGAUUCAAAGGGGAGGAAAGAAGGGAAGAAGGAUGCAUCAUCUCGUCGUACCUCCAAAACUCAACCUGAAGAAAAAAGUGUCUCUGAUUCCAAACAAUUGAAUGUCUCUAACUCGGCAAGAGACUGGACAGUGUCAUUCUCGAAAAGUAAGGAUGGCAAAGCUUCACAUGGAAAGGCAGAUCAAUCAGGCAGCACGACUAACCUAAUCUCCAAAAAAUCCUCCAACCUGGUGGAACAAGUGUUUAACUCGUCCCUGUUCCGUCACAAAGACAGCAGUCUGACAGGUGGACUAACUUCUGGGAAUAUCCUGGACCCCAGAUUGUCUGAGGGGAGAGGGAGGCCCAUAUGGACCGUAGACGACAAAGAGGCACGUAUUUCCCCUUUGGACUUACAGACCCAGGAGUCUCUGAACCCCAACAACAUGGAGUUCUGGAUGGAUGACAUCUAUACUCCAGGCUAUGAUGCUCUACUAAGGCGUAAAGAGGCUGAUCUCCGCAGAGCCAAGGUCUGCAAGCUGCUUGCACUCAUUGCCACUGCAGUAACUAUCAUACUUAUCAUCGUUAUUCCCAUUUGCACCAUGGGGUCAUGAAGAAUCUUACAAAAGAUUCCACAUUGUUGCCUGUUUUAAUUUUAAUUAUUUAUUUUCAGCAGCUACAUGCUGUACACAGGAGAAUGCACGCCAUUCACAUGGAGAUAAGUAGAUACGAGACAUGUGACACUGGAUUGGUGAUCAGUUAACAUUCAUUAACUCCUUACACUUCACUGCAUGCAGCAACAUUAUAAAAUAGCAGGAUUCGAGCUGUAGCUUACUAAUCACACCGAGUCACUCCCUCGUGCAGUUACAAUAAAUUGUAAGUAAUCUCCCAUGCCAAGUUUUCUCUUCCUUUUAUACGUCAUUUUUGUGGCUGCGAAAGGAAGUAUUUAAGGAUGAAUGUUUUAAAUAAUUUAAAAAUAUAUUUGAGAGGAUAUGUUGAAACUAGUAAUACUGAGCCAAUGCAAAAGUGUUUUUUUCUCAUUUUGCCUGCUUUUUUCUGAGAAACAACACUAUUUCAAAUGCAUUGUGAAACAGUUUUAUCCUUGAGCACUGCCUAAAGCAUGAUUUACGCUUCUGCAUUAAAUCUACACCGUGGCUAUGUACGUAGGUACGUGAAGACAUGGACCCUACACCGGACCCUAGCCUGACAUGCACCCCUUGAAAAAUGUAACUACACGUCGCAGCGAAGCACGUCGCUCGGUCGUGGCUUGGUAGCAUUGCAUUUCCCCCUACUCACUUCCUGAUUCACCUUCUCCAUAACACACAUAAAGUCAAGGGGAGGGUUAAGUUUUCCAGCUACAUAUUUACCACCGUGGUUAGAAUGCACAGGGGAGACACUUUGUGUCUCUCACUAUAGCCUCUUUCCGAACAGUGGGAUUUUUGCAGUUCCUAGAACAUAGUCCUAGAACCAUUUUUUCUGUGUGUUUCGACUCAACCAAUUUGGGGAUUUUUAAGUUCCUCUGACCACAGUUCCUGUAAGUCUUUCAUCUCCUACUUCAGGGCAGGGUCUUUUCGCUGUUCCCUUUUCCGCAUAGGAACCUAGGUCAACGAGAGUCGGGUUUCCGGUACAGACAGACCAACAACGGGACAAUUUUAACAAUUUUUGCCAUCUUCUUCAUCACUAAUUUCACUUCUGAUAACGAUUUAGGCGAGAAAUAAACUGUUUAGAUUAAGAAUAUAGGCAGUAAUGCAAAAAUUUUGGCGAAUUGACAGUUUGCGUCAAAGUUUUCGAAAUUGAGAAGCUCCACAAAGUGAUGCAACUGCCGGCGCCGCUAGCUCAUCACUUGUCCAGUUAUGCUUGGAGACCCCGCUGUAAGCUGGAGGUCUCAGACGGACGGUUUUGGGGGAGAGUAGUUUGUAGAACUGUUUAAAUAUGGACUAUUCCCAUAACGUUCCUGUGACUACCUGGUCGGAAAGCGGCUCAUGACUCUAGAGUCACUACUCGCUCUGAAGCUAAUCACUGUCACUCUCUCAUUUGCGCUACCACACACUCCCCACACACACACACACACACACACACACACAGGCCCUGCUAUUUUCUCGACAUUGAUGCACACACCACCGCACAAGUGUAAACUUCAGGCCACUUAUGUAGGCUACGACAAAAGCUCUGCGUGAAGCCUUCGCACAACCACAAAUCACGCUUGCUCUAUCUUGCUGUUCAUCAACAUCACAGGGCUUAUUUGACUUUUCUGUAAUAUUAAAGUUUUAUCA